CGGAUUCUGGUGGCCUCGCUCUGCCCUCGGUUCUUCCUUGAAACAGAGCUACGCAGGAGGUGCGGGCCGCGCAUGACUAGAGCACGAUGCGGUCGCCAACCAAGCCCGGCGGGGUGCCGGCGGCCAUCAGGGGCGGACGCAAGCUCGGCGCCGGCGUCGUGAGGCUGCUGCAGGCGCCGGCGGUGGUGGCGCUGGCGGCGGCGCUCGCGGUCUCGGCGCCCGCGCCGCCGGCGCCGGGGUCGGAACCGCUGUGCAACCUCCCGCCGACGCUGUCCGGCGAGGAGGGCGGGCGGCAGGGGGAGACCAACAGGAUCCGGCACCCCAAGUCGGACCGGGCGGCGCGCUGCACCUCCAAGUGCGUCAGCACCUGCGUCCUCGGCGGAUACGGCGCGCCGGGCGUCGCCGGGCCCUUCAACAUCCGGAGGCCUCUGGUGGUGUUCAAGGACACUUUCCGCAGCCGGCAAUACUGCCUGGUGGAGUGUUCAGACAUCUGCAAUCUGCUCAAGGACGGCGAAGAAGACCAGUGAGAUCGACGGAUACAACAAGACAAGCUCUUACAUUCCAUGGCGUGCCCCGAGUUAGGCCGGCAAUGGAGGCUCUGGCCACCCGGCCGGUUCGUGCUCCCCGAUUGCUCACUCCUCACAGCAUUUCAAGGGUGGACGUGCCAUGCGAGACAGAGUUCUUUUUGCUAGAAGCUAGAUGGAAGAACCAAAAAGAUAGCUUAGCUACUACUGUACAGCUCAACUCACUGAUUUGCACUUGCGUGCUCUCUGUAACAGCUAGCAUAAGCGAAUUUUGGUUUGGAUUUGAUCAAAAAGAAUUAAAGCAUAGUGUCAUUUCUUGGUCCAGUUUGAGAAAAA